CUGAAAUAUUUUGAUAAAGAACACUGAACUUUAUUAUUCAAACGGUUAAUUGCAUCGGUAAGCAGCAAGUAGUUCACUCCAUUCAAAAUGGCAGCGACCAUGAAGAAGCAAGUGGGAGUAGAAGAUGUUAAUGUGACAUUUGAAGACCAGCAAAAGAUAAAUAAAUUUGCUAGGAACACAAGUAGAAUGACAGAACUGCGAGAAGAAAUUGAAUCAAAAAAGAAAUCACUGCAAAAUUUAGAAGAUGCCAGUGAGGACAUCAUGAUGUUGGAUGAUGAUUCACUGCUAAUCCCUUACCAGAUUGGAGAUGUUUUCAUAAGUCAUUCUCAAGAGGAGACUCAAGAAAUGCUUGAAGCAGCAAAGGAAACAUUGAAAGAAGAGAUCAGAGAUUUGGAGGAAAAAGUAGGAAGUAUCCAGCAAGUUCUUUCUGACCUCAAAGUACAGCUCUAUGCCAAAUUUGGGAGCAAUAUAAACCUGGAAGCAGAUGACAGCUAAAGUAUUACACACCUUAAAUUACAAACUCAUAUGAACUUUAUCACAGUUAACACAUUUUGAAUUUUUUUUAUUUUGGAUAUUUAGUCUAUUUAUUUUGUUCUUGCUUGAAACCAUAUACAGAGACAGAGAAAAUAGCCAGUAGUACACAAACGUGUGUUUCUUCAUAAACGAACCAUAACAAGUUAAAAGUAAAGUGCUUUAUACAGUUAAUAA